AUGACCAAGACCGGGCAGAGGAAGAACACAACGUAUGCCUGGCAAACAAAUGCGAGUCGCGCAUCCGGUGCGCCGACAUCUUUCAUGUACCGCCGCCUGGCGGAAGAGCGCGUAACGACGCCGUACUCCCCUCAAGCGUUUCCAACGAACAUGGACGAGUCCACCCCUUCUCAGAAACUUCUGCAGAAGCUGCUGACGGUGGCCGAUGCCUCAGUACCCAUCGAGGAGGUUUUGCGGCUCUGUGAAGCGGCCUGCGAUGCACAGGAUCAGCGAACGUGGAAUUGGUGCGUGCGUCUGGGCAGUGUGCUGAGUGUGGCGACGACCCUCGGCGCCGUGUACGUGCGCUGUGGAAAGCUGUCACCGGUGAGUGCCAUUGCGUAA